GAGAAAGAGAAUUACGAGAGAGAGAAUGAGACAAUUUCUAAUAAAGUAGUAGAGCAUGAUAAAUUAUGAUGAUAAAAAAAAACAACAGUGUUUUGGUGUUUAAAAAAAUCGACUUCGUGGCUAUCAAUGUCCACGUUAAAAAUCAUUUAUAAAUGUUUAUAAAUAAAUACAUAGUUAAAUAAAUAAAAUAAUUAAAUAAUGGAUCAAUUAGUUGUGCUUGUUGCAGCAGUGCAUUUAUUGUACUGUCCAUUUACAAAAGUUGAAGAAAGUUUUAAUCUUCAAGCAAUGCAUGACAUUCUCUAUCAUGGAUAUAACCUGACUCUGUAUGAUCAUCAUGAAUUUCCUGGACCAGUACCAAGAUCAUUUAUUGGACCACUUUUUAUAUCUGGAUUGUCAUCACCAAUUGUUGCUGCAAUAACACAUUUUAAUUUGAGCAAACUUUGUGCUCAAUAUGCCGUAAGAGCAGUAUUGGGUUUGACUGUUAUUGCAACUUUUCGAUUAUACCGACAAGCAUUGGAGAGUAUUUUUGGUGGACAAUUUACCAAGUGGCUAGUCAUAAUAACAGUAACACAAUAUCAUUUUAUGUACUAUUUGAGUAGAACACUUCCAAACAUAAUGGCACUACCUCUAGUGUUAUUGGCACUUUAUGGAUGGCUAAGACAAAAUCAUUUAAUAUUUAUUUGGUCAUCUGGUGCAGCAAUAAUUAUAUUUCGAGCUGAAUUGGCUAUGCUUUUGGGAUUAUUUUUGUUAUAUGAUAUUGCCUACCACAAACUCACUGUGCCAAGAUUUUUAAAAAUUGCAAUACCAGCUGGAGUAUUUCUUUUGUCAUUGACAAUUGGAAUUGAUUCAAUAUUUUGGUCUAGAACAUUAUGGCCAGAGGGUGAAGUUUUUCAUUUUAAUGUUAUAUUAAAUAAAAGUGGUGAUUGGGGUACUUCACCAUUUUUAUGGUAUUUUUAUUCAGCAUUACCAAGAGGUUUGGGUUUAUCAUAUUUUUUAUUACCAAUUGGAAUAUAUUUUGAUACAAGAGUACGUGCAUUAACUGUUCCAGCAAUAACAUUUAUAUUUUUAUAUUCAUUUUUACCACAUAAAGAAUUGAGAUUUAUUAUUUAUACAUUUCCAUUGUUAAAUGUUGCUGCAGCAGCAGCUUGUCAUAGAAUCUGGGAAAAUCGUGGUAAAUCAACUUGGAAUGGAUUAAUGGCAUUGGGAAUAACUGGUCAUUUAAUAUUGAAUGCAAUAUUUACAAUGUUUAUGAUUUGUGUUGCUGGAACAAAUUAUCCAGGUGGUACUGCAUUAAGUAGAUUGAUUAGAAUUGAAAGAGACAAUGAUUAUCCAGUGAGUGUACAUAUUGAUACACUUGCUGCAUGCACUGGAGUAUCAAGAUUUACACAAACAAAUCCAAAAUGGAGAUAUUCAAAAAAUGAAAGUAUCAAUUAUGAAGAUCCAGAAAUAUUGCAAUUUACACAUUUACUGAUGGAAGCUAAAAGUAAAUAUUCACCAAAUAUAAAACCAUAUUUGAGAACACAUGAAAUUGUUGAAUCUGUUGAUGGUUUUUCUCAUAUUGCCUUGAAUUAUAAAGGUAUACCACCAGUUAAAAUUAAAACAAAGCCAAUGAUAUUUAUUAUGAAACGUAAACCAAAUGCUCAAUUUGUUGAUACAACGACUAUUAAAGUUUUACAAAAUGAUGAUUCUCGUCAAUUGGAAUCAGAAGAAAUAUUUAAAAAUGAUGAUGAUGAUGAUGAUGAUGAUGAUAUUACAUCAGGUGGUGAAGAUGAAGAAGAACAAAAAGAUGAAAAAAAUUUAGAAGAUGAUAAAUUAUUUGUACCAAGUAAUGAUAAAAAUGAAGAUGAUGAUGAUGAUGAACAAUUACCAAAAUUAAAUUUUGAUGAACGAAAAAUAAUAACCAAAGACAAAGAUAAUAUUAUAAAUAUAAAUAAAAAAAUAGAUACGAACGAUGAAACAAUGAAAAUUGAUAAAACGAAAAAUAAAAAAAAACAAGAUAAAAUUGAACAUUUAAAAGAAGGCAGUGGUGUCAAGGAGGCAAUUCGUAAAAUGAUAAAAAUAAAAAAACAAGAAUUAAAAGCAAAAGAAGAUGUGAAAGAUAAAAAAAAAAAGCAAGAUGUUAUUAAAAAAUUAAAUGAUGAUUCUGUUGAAAUUAAAAAUGAUAUAAAAAUAAAAAAUGUUAAACAAAGUAUUAAAAAUAUUAUAAAACAAUUUAAAGAAUUUGAAAAAGAUCUUGCAUCAGAUGAUCCUGAGACAAUUAAAAAAUGGUCAUCAGAUGAAUUAACAACUUCAUCAGAGACAACUGAUCAAAUUGGUGCUAUUUCUCUGGAAGACAACAUCAAUGAAAUGGAUAAAUUUAUCAAUGAAAAUAAUGAUCCAACUGUUUUAAAUGAGGCAAAGAAAAAUCUCAAAGAAAUUGUUGGUCAAAUACGUGAGCUUCAAAGUGAAUUGUCCAUUGAAGCUGAUGACAGAUUUGAUGAAAUUGCUGAUAAAUUUUCAGACAGACCAAUAUCACAAACUCUCAUGUAUUUCAGUGAAGCACUUAAAGAUUUAAUGAAACGUAGAAAAUUAAAAGCAACUAAAUUAUCAAACAAAUAUUUAAAUAAUAACAAUAAAAAGACUUUAGAUAAUCAUGCGGUGACGUCAUUUUUUGGGAUCGUUCUCGAAGAACGCUUAAAGACAAUAAUGGCGGAUUUAUACGCAAAAUAUAAUUGUACGUAUUGUCAAGAAGACAUUACGGGACUACGUGUUAAAUGCUUUGAAUGCCAAGACUUUGAUCUUUGUCUUCAGUGUUUUUCAGCUGGUGGUGAAAUUGGACAACAUAAAAAUAAUCAUAAAUAUCAGUUUAUGGAUUCUGGUACUAUUAGUAUUUUUACUGGACGUGGUAAUUGGACAGCAAGAGAACAUCUUAGAUUACUUGAUGCAAUUGAACAAUUUGGUUUUGGUAAUUGGGAAGAUAUCAGUAAACAUAUAGAAACAAAAACAUCAGAAGAAGCCAAAGAAGAAUAUAUUGCCAGAUAUCUUGAUGGUAAUAUUGGUAAACAUACAUGGCCACCAACUGAUAGCUACAAGCCAAAUUUAAAUGAUCAAACCCAUUCUGAUCAUGGACCAUUAUCACCAGAUUUUACAUCACGACUAUCACCUUUGGAUAUAACACCUGAAGAAGCAGCACAACUUGGUUACAUGCCACAACGUGAUGAUUUUGAAAGAGAUUAUAAUCAUGAAGCUGAAUCACUUGUUUCAUCAUUAUUUCUCAAUCCAGCUGAAGAUGAUGAUCUUGAUAUUGCACUUAAACUUGCUCAUGUUGAUAUGUAUACCAAUAAUUUAAGAGAAAGAGCUAGAAGAAAACGUGUUGUUCGUGAUUAUCAAUUGGUAUCACAAUUUUUUUCAUCAACAAGAAAAGAAAGAGGAUUUAAAAAAAAACAAAGCAAAGAAGAAAAAGAUUUUAGAGAAAGAAUGAGAGUAUUUGCACAAUUUUAUACAGCUCAAGAGUAUGAACAAUUUUUAUUAAAUCUUGAACGUGAACGUGAAUUACGAUUACGUCUAUCUGAAUUACAUCGUUAUCGUGAAAAUGGAGUUACAAGACAUGAAGAAUGUGCACAUUAUGAACAAAUUGUUAUGCAAAAUCAAGGAUCAAAUGACAGCACUGAUCAUUGGUCUGAUAAAAAAUCUGGCAGCAGUGGGCCGUCCACACCAACACUCCGCCAAGUCUCAAAAAAAAAAGACGAAGAAAAAAAUUACUCUUUCAUAGACCGAAAGUACAUGUUAAAACAAGAAUUAGGAAUAGCCAAUCACAAUCGGAUGACGACUCAAGUCAAUCAGUCGGUGGAGCUGGAUAGCAAUUUAUUGUUAUCAAAUUAUCAAUCAAUAAAUUCAUCAUUGUCACAAAAAUCCAGUUCAUCAUCGACAAAAUCAGCAAUUAUUUCCAGUGGCAUGGAAAAAAAAAGAGACAUCGAGAUGGAAGCUGCUGCACAUUUAUUAACAAAACAAGAAAAAUCAUUGUGUCUUCAACUGGAUUUGAAACCUUCACAGUAUUUAGCACAAAAAACAUUACUUCUUCAAGAGUAUCUAAGUGGCAAUAGAAAAUCAAAUAUAGUACCACAAUCUGAACCAGAAAAUAAAAUUCUUCAUUAUCUGGUAACAAAUGGCUGGGUUGCGGCAAAUUGAAAAAUAUUUGUAUAAAAUAUUAACUCGGAAUGUGACUGGUCGUAUUUAUUAUCAUAUACGGGUAUUUAAAAAAUAAUUAUGAAAGUUAUUAACAAUAACAAUCAUACACGUCGCGAUCACUGUGAUUAUAAUAAUUAUUUAAAAAAAAACAACAAGUAAAAGACGUAGAUGAAUUGAUAGUUUUUAUCCAGUACUUAGAUUUUUUUUCUCUUUCUUUUUUUAUUGUUAAUAAUUUUAAAAAUUAUUAUCUCACAAUAAUCACUUGUUUAUUUAUUUAUUUAUUUUUCAUUUUUCAUUUCAAUACAUUGCUCAAUGUAAUCUUCCAUUGUUAUGUUAUUAUCUGGCUUUAUAAAUUAAUUAUUAUCCAAACUGGAUAUUAUUUUGCCAAACUCAGGAUCUUGUUCCGCGAUAUUUUAAAUUCAAUUUAUAUUUAUUAAUGGAACAAUAGAAAUAUAUUUAUAAAUACUUCCUUUAGGUAUAAUUAAUUUUUAUCAUACCAAUAUUCAAUAGUUAGAUUGAAGCACAAUAAUAAAUUUAAUAAAUAUUUGCUGAAUAAAAUUAACAGCACUUAUAUAUUUUUAGAUAAAUAAUAUAUAUAUUCAUUGAACUUUUUUUUUUUUUUUGUUUUAAACUUAGUAAACCUUCUUCUAGAAAAAAGAAAUAUUAACUAUUUGUUUAUAUUUAUUAUUAUAAAUUCAUUCUCAAGGACACACUUUUAUUAAUAUAUUUUUUCAAUAAUUGUAAAUAUUAUUACGAUCUCACGUAUAUCAUUAAAUAAAUUGGAGGAAUUUAGAAAAAAAACACAGUCCUUACUCAGUAGAAAAAAUAAAUAAAAAUAAAAAACACCCACGCUUAUUAAUUAACUAAUUGAAUAAUUAAUUUUAAGUAGAACAUAAAUGAAAUAUCUUCAAG